AUGUCUGCUCUACAUCCAGAUGCGAAUCUCUUUCCACAUGCCACUGGCUUGGCCGCCGAGAUGGUAAAACAACAUUCUAAAGAAGAGCCAGUUAAGCUCUAUGCUGGAUGGUUCUGUCCGUUCACCCAACGCGUCCUCCUCCUUCUCCUCGAAAAACGCAUCCCCUUCCAAUACAUCGAAGUAAACCCAUACCAGAAACCCCUAUCCCUCCUCAAACUCAACCCCCGCGGUCUUAUUCCCACCCUCUCCUACGAAGGCAAAGCCCUCUACGAAAGCACAAUCAUAUGCGAGUUUCUCGAAGACGCCUAUCCAUCUCACUACCCUCGAUUACUCACUCGUGAACCAUUCGAAAGAGCCAGAUUGAAGAUUUGGACCGAUCACAUCACAUCACGUGUUGUGCCGGCUUUCAAUCGCUUUCUUCAGUAUCAAUCGGUUUCACAGAUGGAUCCUAGGUUUGUGACGAUUCGUGAUGGGUUUCUUACAUCGCUUUAUGAGUUUACGCAGGAAAUGCAUCCCAUUGGACCUUAUUUUGCAGGCAAAGAACCGUGUAUAGUAGAUUAUGUUCUAGCGCCCUGGGCACUCCGUAUCUGGGUCUUCGAUUAUUUCAAAGGCGGUCUGCAUCUUGAGGAGUUAGGAGAAUUGAGAGGAAGAUGGGAGAAAUGGGUCGAGGCUAUUGAGGAGAGAAAAAGUAUUCAAAUGACUUUGAGUGCGACGGAAUACUAUCUACCUAUUUAUGAGAGAUAUGCCGAUGAUGCUCCACAGGUGGAGAUUGAGAAGUCGACGGGAGAGGAAGGUGAAGUCUUUUGA